AUGGACAGCAGCACGCCGGCCGCCGCCAGCUCCACACACACUCACACGCUCGAGCUUGACGCUAAAGCCCAACGCCGGAAGGAGCGGGCUCUCAGGGCCAUUUUGGAGCAGAAGCCGCCAUCGGUCAAGUGGAUGGGCCGGUGGUGCAGUCCGCUGACGAAGGCCUUCGACCCGGUGUUCUACGGCCUUGAGAACGUGCCCUCCAACCCCGGUGCCAAGCUCAUGUUCGUGGGCAACCACACCAUGAUGGCGCUGGACUUGCCGGUGCUGCUGUUCGGGCUGCUGCAGGAGCGAGGACUGUUCGUGCGCACCAUGGGGGACCACUUUCACUUCCACAUUCCCGGCUGGAAGCGCAUCCUCAUGAAGAUGGGCGUCGUCGACGGCACCCGGGAGAUCUGCAGAGCCCUCCUCGAAGACAACCAUCCGGUGUUGAUCUACCCGGGAGGCGCCAGGGAGGCCUUUAAGAAGAAGAGCGACCCCAAGUAUGCGCUGUUCUGGGCCGACCACAAGGGCUUUGCCCGAAUGGCGAUACAGACGGAAGCCAUCAUCGUGCCGGUGACAGUGCUCGGCAUGGAGGACAUGAUCGGCGUGCUCUGCGACAUCCCGGCGUCCAAAAAGCGCGAUCUCACGGUGCCGGCGAUGAAGCCUCCAGGCCCACGCAAGUACCAGCGUCUGUACUACCACUUUGGCCCGCCCAUUCCCACGGCGGCCUUCCAACGCAACGACUGCGAAGCCAACUCCACGCGCCUGCGCGACCAGACCCAGGAGGUCAUCCUCUCCGGCCUGCGCUUCCUCCAGGCCGUCCAGCGGGUCGACCCCAACCGCUUCGGCUACGUUCGGAUGCUGCGAGAGCUGCUGCCGUGGCUGCGGGAGACGAAGGCGCUCACGAGCAGCAAGGACGGGGAGGUGGUGGUGGGCGAACGACCGACAGCGGAGGCCGACGAUGGCCGAGGCGACACCACCAGCAAGCCCACGGUUGCUGUGGCCACCGGCAGCCACUGUUGA